AUGCCCCCUCCCGGGCCACCCCGACGGCAAACGGAGGGCGGUCCUGGGGGUGCAGGGGAUGAUGCACCGCUGCAAAGGACUCCGCUGCGGCCGUACGGCGUUGCCUCUAUCGCCCCACACCCAUCUUAUCCAUCUCCACACAACCACCCCUCUCUCCUCCUCGCAAUCUCCGGACCUGUCGGAGGAAUUGACCCCGGGGCGUCCACUGGCGCCUCUUUCCCAGCCGGAGCGCCCCACCCCACCCCCCCACCUCGCUCCAUCUUGCUCCCUCGACUCCGGCUCGCCUCCUCGGUCCUGCACCGCAGAGGGAGGGAGACGCGCGCCCCCAACGCCUCCGUGCCCGCCGGCUGCGCCUCUCCAUCGCCUGGAGGAGUCGAGGAUGCGCCCCGGAGACGCCGCCAGCCCGCCUUCCCCGCGGCCUCGCCCAGGUCGUCCCCCUUGCGCUUCCCGCCCGGGCAAACUUUGCAGGAGGAGCCGCCGCCUGGAGCCCACCCGAUGGCCCCGGGACGCAGCAGGACGGACGCGUGGCGCGCUCACCUCUCCGGACUGCGCGCUCCGGCGGCCCGGGAAAACUCUGGCGGCGGGGCGCCCCCUUCCUGCCGCCCUCCUCUGCCCGUCCGCCCGCCCGCCGCCUGCCUGGUCCAAUCCGGCCCCUUCCCUCCCGGCUGGGUCCUCGGUGCAGCGGGCGGGAGAGGGAGGGAGGGAGGAAGCCACGGCCCCACCGCCUUAACUCUUCCUCCCCCGGGCGCAGCGCCCUCGGGACAGCCGCCUUCCCACCAACGCCGGCGCGCUUGCAGCUAUCCUUCGGCUCUGCCUGGGCGACAGGGCGGGAAAGAAGAUGCAGAGCUGGUGCAGGUGGUAGCUAGAGACGGGGCCUUUUAA